AUGACGAAACAGGUUGUCAGAGCAGACCGUGUGUGGUCCAUCGAGGGCGAGCACGAGAUUGUGUUUAAGCAGGUGUAUGGUAUUUGUCUCAAGUCUUUUGGUUAUGACUUGGACGAGUAUACUUAUGAGCAGCUUCUCGAUAAGAAGAACUUUGUGGCAGGGAAGGCGCUCAAUGCGCUUCCAGAGAUCCAGGAGGAGUCUGUGGUGAGCCAGUGUCCUCCUGUUUCGGAGAGAACUCGCAAGAACUUCAAGCAUAUGAUGGGCAAAUCGACGCUUCUGGAGGGUUCUUUCGACUCGAGCAUCAAGGUGGCUCAGAAACACGUUUGGCCCAAGGUUGCAAAGUUUAACCUCGGUCGUUUGCACCAGGCGUUUUUGAUCACUCCUCGGAACGACUCGCCAGAUAACGAUAUUCUUCGUUUUGUGCGUGCCAGAAAGUUCAAGGUCGAGGAGACUAUCAUCAUGGCGUUCAAGUGUUUGGACUGGAAGAGCACUGAUUUCCCUGUGGAGAAGUAUACCAUCGAGGGAGACCUUGGAAUCAGCAAGGACGAGAACCUCAAGCAGCUCUCCGAGGCUUUCGGUAUGGGAAAGGUUUACCUUAGAGGUACCGACAGAGAAGGUGGACCCAUCUGUGUGAUUCGUGUGAGAAAGCACUUUGGCUCUCAGUGCCCACACAAGGACUUUGAGCGGUUUAUUGUGCUUAUGCUCGAGUGGUUUAGACUUGGUCUCAAGCCAUACACUAUGGGAAGCGACGGUGCCAAUAUUCUUUUCGAUUUGACGGGUAUUUCGUUGAAGAACAUUGAUCUUGCUGCAGUUAAGUUCUUGGCCAAGGCUUUUGAGGCCAACUACCCUGAAUCCUUGACGGCCAUCUGGAUCCACAACGCUCCAUGGGUGUUCUUCACUGUGUGGAAGUUGAUCCGUGGCUGGUUGGACCCAGUGGUGGCUUCCAAGGUCCACUUUACGAACUCGGCGGAGGAUUUGGAGAAGUUCGUUGACCGCAAGUUUAUUCCAGACUUUGUGGGCGGUGACGAUAAGUACGUGCCCGAGUACGUUCCACCUACGGACGAGAAUUCCAGCAAGAAGCCCGAGGACGACAAAUUCGAGGAAUUGAGCGAACAGCGUAAGGUGCUCCUGAAGGUAUUCAUCGAAACAACGAUUUCCUGGAUCAAGGCUGCCACCAAGGAGGAAUCCACCAAGUUCUUGAACCUCAAGAUCCAGCUUGGAGCUGAAUUGGCAAAGAACUUGGUUGAGCUCGAUCCUUAUAUUCGUACUCGAGGCCAGUUUGACAGAAACAACGCCAUUGAUAUUUCCCUUUAA